CAUACAUAAUAUUAAAUUAAAGUAGAAGAAAAUACAUUGCGAGUACUACGCAAAAAAACACGACAAAAGCUCAAAAACGUGCGACUAUAACGCAAGAGCUAACAUACAAUUGUCAAUUGAAGAUCGCAAAGAAAAUUCAGCCAAUUUCUUUCGAUAGCAAGCAUCGCCGUGAACCUGCUCCAACGGAAUUCCGAAAAUCUCUCGCGCAGCUAGGAUGACAACGUCUUUUCCACUUCACGCACUCAUCCCUAUACACGUACAUCUCCCUUUUCGGCGAUAAUUCACACUCCGCGCAAUCCGCUUAGGCAGACGAACGACACAAUGACAUUAAAAGAUCGGGAAUGAAGAGCGAUCGUCCUUCACACUGUCAUCGACUUUCAGUUUUUAUAUACAUAUACGCGAUGGCCCAACAGCACAAUGCCUGCGCAGUGCACACACGAGGAGGGGCUAUGGUGUACAUCCAGUAUACGCGCUAUGCGCGUCACGGCAUAUGUCGCGCACUAACUGCUGUAUCACAAUCGACCCCCCAGCCUCCGACUGCAGUGAUUGUUUCCAGUUUUUUUUCUGCUGCUGCUGCUGCGGGACGAUUUUGCGUCUCAAUUUGCGCGGGGCGGGAAAUGCGUCAAAUUCCCAGCUUUAUAGUCGAAUCACCUUGAUGUAAUCACCGCGAGAGAUCGUCCCAACAAAGAUCCGCCGCCGUACUCUCGAGCAGCGAAUCUCGAGAGUCCAAUAUGAAAAUCGAAACCCAUCCGCAUUCCUAGCCAUCCCGAGCGUUCGACUCACGUGCGCGCCGAUCAAUAGCUAAAAUAUGCGCGAAAUUCACAAUCAGCAGCCCCUUAUACGCACAGCGCGCCGCGCUGAAUAUCUCGCCGUCGAGGCGCACGUGGCUCGUCUCGGAGAGAACAACUCCGACAAUACACACGGACGCACAGGGAGGGGGCGACAAGUCCAUGCAAGCUAAAAAAAGGAGAGAAGAGAGCUCGUAAGCCUUGGGUAAUUGCCGGCAUCACGGGGAGCCCGCGCGACACGCGACUCUGCUGCAGCUGAUUCUCCGCGUGACUACGUUUAAUUACACGUCACGUACGCCUGAUCUUGGUUGUUACAUCGAGUCUUUCUUCCCGUUUUUAUGCGCCGUCGCGCCGAUUGCCGGCUGUUUUGACAGGCGAGAUGUCGCUCGGAAUGAGAGAACCCUUUGUCUUUGCCGGCCUUUUCCUUUUGAUGUCCGCGACGACUACUUAAUUUCAUCGCGUUUCCAGUGUAUUUUGAGACCCAGUUUACGAGGUUUACGUUUUUUCACUUUCUAGGCGAUUUAUGCCAAGAGCUCACAUCCAUCUUCCCUCGACGAGGGUGAUAGCCUCGAAAUAAACUAUUUUCACGUUUCGUUUGUACGUUCAACUAAGAACUGCCACUAUAAAACUUUCCGAUGGUGUGUAGGUGCAGUCGAGGGCUUUCUCUCUCUCUCUCUCUCUCUCUCUCUCUCUCUCUCUCACUCUCUCUCUCUCACUCUCUCUCUCUCUCUCUCUCUCUUGCUCACCUAAGCUCGCCAUUGUCGCCUCGUGCGCCGAAUUAUUAGAGCCACUCUCGGCAUUCUCCCGCACGUUCCACUUUACGGUGUAUGGACGGCGGUCUUGAGAGACGGUUUUAUUGGCCCAGCCGUGGAAGACGCGGGGGGAUAUCCCCGGUGGAGGUGUAAAUAUACGACGGUUUGUGUCGGCACUAGUAUAGCUCUGAAAAAAAUAAGAGAUGACAGGCGUGGGGUACUCGCUUUGAAGAUUCGACAGAGAAAUUUGGAAAGUUGAUGGACACUCGGAUGAAAUAUUGCGGUUGUAUAUGGACGGAGAGAAAGUGAAAUUUGUAGCUGGCGCGUCUUGUGAAACUCGGAGUGUUUUCAGCGUACUUGUACACUGUCAUUUGUAAACUUGAAAAACUUCUAUAAUUAUAAAAAAUUUGUAUCGCAAUACUUGCGAUACAUAGUGAUUCAACUUGCAUCACGAAUACUAUUCUUCUCUAUUCACAAUAAGACCUCUGUGUGUAUGCGUACAAAUAUAGAUACAACCGAUUGAAAACAAAUCUUACGCUGCUUCUCCGAUAAAAACCAUUAUUUUUCAUUCACGACUCUAAACUCGUGUUCGCCCGCAACCCUCGUCACCCGAUUAAAAAAAAAACUCGAACUCCAAUCCUGGCUCGCCAACACGCCCUCCGACAAAAGAGCCUCCAUCUUCCGCGUUUCCCUUCAGCUCACUCCUUUCCUCAUCGUCGCACGCGGCCUUCCAAUUCCUAAUGCGCUCACGCGCAUACGUACGUGCCUGGCGCGCUGUUCAAACGUCGUGUCUGUUUGCAGACAGUAAAUUACGCGCGACAAUGCAACCCCUUUUCCCUUUGCGCGCGCAUACAUGCAGACGUGUGUUCGUACAGUCGCUGGAUUAUAAAACGGAGAGUGAGAGCGAAAUACGAGGCCGGACUCGACGUACGGCUGCUCUUUUCUCCGCUGUAGCUGAGCUUUUGUGCGCGAUAUACUUAUACAUGUACACAUCAGGGUUCAGCGCGCUUUUUCUUGCCGAAGGAUUUUGGAGAGUUUUUAAAGCGAUACGCGCUGGACUUUGCGCGAGAGAUUACCGAGGGAUCGCGAUUUCAAUGCGAAUCUCUCUCUUGCUAUAAAGUGCCAGACUGCAAAAACGUUAAUGCGCACCUUUUGAUCAUUUUUCAUGUUACACCGCGGUGACGUGAUUAAUUUUAGAAAAUGAGUGUUUGACUGUAAUAUAGUUACGUCGCUCGCGAUCAACUUCAGACACAUGAGCGCUCUAUCGUCGUGGAAGACAUGUUACGUGUGACAGAUUUGUUUUUCAAAAGUAUAAAGAAAGAGAUGCUCUGAAUUACAAUUAUGGAUUGCGAGUGUCAACCGGACGAAACCGUAUCUUUAAAAAGACAACGUUCAAGAGGAAAGGAUGCGAUGGAUGUGAAAAACAGAGAGAAAGACGAUGUCAAGAAUAUGGCCACUUACUCGCCAUCGGAGUACAUACAAAAGAUGACGUUGAACCCAGAGAGUAUAAGUUGCAACAUCGAUAAGUAUAGAGAGAUGGAAUCUAAUAUAUUUACAUCUUCUCCGAGAAUCGUCGUUUUUUCGAAAUUCGAAAUUGGAAAUGUCUAUAGAAUAAGUCUGAGCAUCUGUAACACGUCCCAAUAUCCACACUACAUAAAGCUACUGAAAUCCGACGAUGUAUCCUUUAAUGUCGUCUUCAAGGGAUCAACUCUUAACGCAAGAUUAGCGCCUGGAAUGGCGCUUGUAUACGACGUUGAAUUUCGUCCCGACGAAAAACGAGAUUACUCUCACGACAUAACCUUCACAACUGACACUGAAACGUUUAUCGUUCCAGUGAUUGCCAUCGGUCCACGAGCCCUUCUGUCAUUUCCGGAUGAUCUCGAUAUGGAGCGAACUGCGGUGAAAAUUAGCAAGACCAAGCCAGUUCUACUGCAAAAUAUUGGCGAUGGAUCCACAGGAUUCAGUAUUUUUCCCAACAACCCCAGCUUUACGAUAAUGCCAUCCAAAGGUUAUUUGGAAAUAGGCGAAGUGCAGCAAGUACAAAUAAAUUUCACACCAUUGAACACGGGAAUCUCCAAUGGUUACAUUUUUUUGAGAUAUGAACGUGGAGACAUUGUGCGGACUGUGAUUUAUGGAGAAGCUGAAAAGUGUGACGUUCGGGUGUUGAAUGAACACGUUGAAAUUGAAAACACUUUCUUAGGACUAUCGAGACAAGUAUCAAUCGAGAUUCAGAAUAAUAGUGACUACAUUCUUUCGUACGAGUGGCUAAGAUACAAAAGCAUCGAAAUAGAUCUAAAAGAAAGAGAAAGAUGCAAAAAUGCGAUCGAUCCAGCGAAAAGUUUGUUUUUAAGCGAUGCAAUUUCACAAAGUACACGUACUUUGAUAUCCCAUCGAAUUUACUCUGACAAAGCUGAACAUCUUAAACAUGCAAGUUUUGCUUUUGCCGACACACACUUCAGUCUCUUCGCAAUGAAAGGUGAAAUAUGGCCACGAAACUCGACAAACGUUAUCGUAACUUUUACGCCGAAAGAAGUAAAGAACCAUCUUGCUGUUGCUUACUUAGAGAUGAAAGGUCUGGAAAAUCGCAUUGCUGUUAGCUUGGCAGGCAAAUGUAUAGGACCUGCAUUAGAACUUAAUUUAUUAUCACUUGAUGUUCAACAAGUCUACUUAUGUUCUGAUUAUAAUUAUGAGAUUGUGUGUAAAAAUAAUGGACCUAUUCCUGGCACUCUCCAGCACGUGCAAAAAGAUGCUUGUUUUGGAAGCAAGAUUACUGUUGAACCGAGUGAAGUAGAAAUUCAUAUCGAUAAACUUAAAUCUAUGAAUUUAUCGUUUUGCUCUGAUCGAACGGGAAACUUUGUUGAGCGCGUAGAUUUUGUUAUCAAAGAAAGUUCAGAAGUUCUAUCAUUCGUAAUAAAAGGAACAGUUAUUUGUCCACUAGUUAGAGUUGACGACGUAAAAAUCGAUUUCCACACAGCUUCGAUCGGUUUUACAACGCAAAAGCAACUAUGCUUUCGUAAUUUGUCACACACGCCUAUCGACUUCAAUGUCAGAGUUAUAGACGAUGGUUACGAGGAUCCAAUGACUCACGAAGAGUUUGCUCGAACUCAGACAAAACCCGAAUUCCCAACCUGUCCCCGUGAGUUUUUGAUAAGUCCAAGCGAGGGAACUGUGAAGCCUCAAAAAGUGAUUCGCAUACGAUUGUUUUAUACACCAAACGUAGUACGUUCUGAGGAUGUUUUGAUUCAAAUCUGUCUAUGCAGAAGCCCCAAUGCUGAGCCACUUUUAAUACCUGUAUAUUGCCGUGCGAAAACUGCCGCUUUUGAAAUUGACCCACCAGAAAUAAAUAUUCUAUCUUGUUUUAUCAAUUUUCAAUAUUUUAAAAACCUUGUAAUCAAGAACAGUUCUGACGUCGAUGGUUAUUUCUACAUUGUACCUCAAGAAGUUGAUAUGUGUACAAGAGUAUUAUACUCUUUAUCAACAUAUCAGGGAUACUUAAAAUCAGGCGAAUCUAAAGAAAUAAUACUCACAGUAAUUGUGAAAACUGUUGGACAACAAGAAAUUACCUUAAGGUUGCUAAGUCUUGGCCUUGAGACACAAAGUCCAUGCUGUAAAGUCAUCUGUAGCGGUCAAGGUCCACUAGUUUCCGUAGAACCUUCUCAAUUACAUUGGGGUGAAGUUCAACUUUUGCAGAAAAAAUACUUAACUUUAGAGCUCAUUAAUGACUCCCCGAUUUCUGCGGAAUUUACUUCAGCAUUUAGCAAGAACAAGUCUGUUUGGGAAGUUGAACCAGUAUCUGGGCAACUUGAGGCAAAUGAAUCGAUAACACUAAAUAUAUACAUUUUAUUAAGAGACAAAGGAAAGUAUUUUGAUCAUUUGUACAUAAAUAUCUUGAACGGAGAAAAAAUUGACGUGAGCCUUUCGGCGAUUGGCAUUGGUACUUGCAUAGUCUUCGAUCCCGAAAUACUUCCUGAAUUUAAUAUGGGCUUCCUUUUUAGCAAACAAGAUAUAAACCUUCCUCUGACCAUAAAAAAUGAAGGGAACAAGCAUCAUUACGUACUGUUGACGAAUGUAGAAAAAGUUCGACAAGGAAAAAAUCUAACAGAAGAGAUGGACAGUAGAAAAUUUAAAAUCGAACCAAAUAUCAUCGAAUUACAACCCGGAUUAGAAAAAGUUCUACAAUGCAAAAUACGUUGGAAUGUAAAUGAAAGUGUUUCGGAGAGAUGGUAUAUUUACGCCACGAUAGACGGUAAAGGAAAACGUGAACUUGUGGGGACUAGUAUGUUCAAAGCCACAUUUAUAAAACCAAAUGUAAUUUUCAGUAAGAAUGAACUUUCAUUCAGAUUAGAUAUAGGAUACAACCACGAAAUGUUGCAACAAGAAGAUGAGCUUCAAAUCACAAACCAAUCUGGACGAAGUUUGAAUGCACUUUUGACAAUCGAACCCCCCUUUUUUAUAAUAGAUAAGUGUAACUGCUGCACCGAUAACUUAGAUAUCACUUUAAACAAUGAUGAUCUUUUUACUUUAAAAGUAUGUUUUCCUUUUGACAUUGAAAAUUCCGAGCUCCUACCACAAAAAUAUGACGGUUAUAUCAGGAUUGAAUAUGAUGAGCACAAACAAAUUGACACAAUUUUAUGUAAAGCAGAAGUUAAUUUUCCACACUUGGUUUUUAUACCAAGUGACAUUAAUUUUUAUUGCGUAGCUGGAUAUAGCGACGAAAAACGAGUAAAAGUGAUUAACGAUAGCCCAUUGCCAGUAUUCUAUAAAAUCAAAUGGAUAAAAGAAAGUUUUGCAUAUGAAAGUUUGUCUCCAGUGUCCGAGAAAGGAUCUGAAGAACUGACACGUGAUGAAAAUUAUUUAGAUAACUCAAUUAGUUCGAUUUCUUUACCAAAGUAUAACAAUAAACCAAAUAUUUUCGACAUUAUGAAAAUGAAUCAUCGAAAUUCUUCUGACAUCGAUGAAUCUAGCAAAUCUUGCGACACAGAUAACUGCGAAUGUGCAGAAGGUGAAUCAGAAAAGAGUUCUUUUCAACACUCUAUAUUUUCGAUCGAACUCUUGGAUAGGUUUUUGCAAAUCACACCCGAAGAAGGGCAAAUAUCACCAUACACAGAACAAUCCAUAUACUUUUCAUUCAAUGGAUAUGAAAAUAUGAAAAUGUCGGUACAGGCUAUCUGCGAAAUAACAUGUGGAUCUUCUCAGCUUUUGAAUGUAACCGCUACUGCAGAUAUAGUCAGGUGUCAAGUAGAAGACUAUAAGCUUGAUUAUGGACUUCAAUUAUACUGCGAAACAUCUGUUAGAGCUCUAAAAGUCAUGAAUCAGUGCAUGAUUCCUUUAAGUUGGAGCAUUGAAGCAAGUACGGACCUCCUGCAAGUAAUGGAAGCUCCUCAAAUGCUUGAACCAGUCUCGGAAAAUUUAAUACUAAUUGACCGCAAACCUUCAGCGCCGGGAUUAUAUAACGAAAAACUAUUUUUAGAGGUUACAAACUUGGAGCCAUUUGUGAUCGAAGCCAAAUGGUUAGCGACUAUACCACAAAUAUAUCUUGACGUUUCUCGAAAUGAUGCGUUUGAUAAAUAUCCCGUUGAAUUUGGAUACAACGCAGUGCAAUUAGUGAUGGCAGAGGGCUCAUUACACGCAGAAGAACCAACAAGAGCUGAUUGUUUUUCGUGUGAUUCUGUCCAUGAUAAUACUGAAUUUACAGAUUAUGAAAAGUUGCAACUAACAGACGAUAACUGGUACAUAAUUGCUAAAGAUGAGAAUUAUCCCAGUCAAGUUGACAUUGAUAUGGCUUUUGAGCGUGUAAUUUUUAGAGAUCAUAUGCAAAUGAACGAAGAUGGCUUAAUAACAUCAAAUAUCCAUGCAAAUAAUGAGAGAAAAUCUUAUUUGUAUGCUCCUUCUUACGUUGUGAACAUGGGAUUUGUAGUUGUGGAUCAAACUACACAGAUUUCAAUUCCUUUGCGCAACUAUGGAUAUGAAAAGGCUAAAGUAAAAUUAAAAAGAGAUGAGAAAAAGAAAAAAGUUACCAAAUCUUGCUUUUAUGUACAGUUUCAACAGAAUGUUGAAAUUUGUCAAUGCGAAAACAGUACAUUGAAUGUAAUAUUUAGUCCGAAAAAAGAUAUGUUUAGUCAAAAAAGAACUGAUGUUAGUCACAAAUUUUACCUUGAGGUAAAAUAUGGGUUAACUAUUCCUGUUCAUAUCGAAGCUGCAGCUGUUUAUCCCUACGUGACUGUCGAUGUAGAAACUUUGAAUUUUGAAAAAGUUUUCAUUGGCGAUUGCAGAGAAAUGAGCUUCCGUUUAAAGAACAAUGCAUUAGUAGGAUGUCAAUGGAAAUUAUUUAUAGAAGAUACAUCGAAAAUUCCAGCCAAGUUUGCAGAAAUGUUUUACGUAAAAAAUGUAACUGGUGAUCUGAUUCCAGACGAAGAAACUAUUGUUAAAGUUUAUUUUAAACCCUAUAGAAAUAGUAUUCAAGCUAGAAUCCUAAUCAUAAAUGUGUUGAAUACAAGCCAAGAAUCUAAGUCGAUAAAACUAAUUGGCUGCGGACUGGAACGCAAACUGAAAAUUAAUAAAAUGAAUGUAAAAUUUCCACCUGUACUUCCCAAUGCUGUACUGGAAGAAGAUCUGGCAAUCGAAAAUAAUAAUGUAUAUCCGAUUGAAGUGUACUGGCAACACUUGACCAAUUUUUCAGAAAUAAACAUGAUCAUAAGAGUAUUGAAACAUUACUAUAAAAAAGAUGAAAUCCUGGUUCCUCAGAAAAGAACUAAUGAAAGUAUAUUAUCACCGAUUCUUACCGACUUUUAUAAAAAUCUUAUUUAUGAGAUGUCUUUAGACAAUGAAUUUAAAAACUUGAUCAAGACUGACUUCUUCCUUAGUGAAAUUCUUGACACUCCAAAAACAGAGAACGAAUCGAGAGUUAAGAAAGCUAAAAAAGGAGAAUCAAUAAGAAAUUUAAAUAAAUCAAGUAAUAAACUGGAUCUUACAAAACCUAAUAACGCCAAAGUUGCGUUUGCUUUUUCAGAUAUUGAUCCAAAUGAAAUUGAGAAACUUUUACAUGGUUAUAUUAAUAAAUUGCAAAAAGAUUUAAACUUUUUUGAAACAAUGAAAGAUCCAUUGACUGAUGUAUAUGAAGCUACUGAUCGAGAAACAGCGAUCAAUACUACCGAUACAGACACAUCGAAAGUAGAAAAGAGUCUGAUUAUUAUUUUUCAUGGCGCCCCAUACACAGAAUAUCAAGAAACGGCUUGUCAGAGUGCAAAAAUGUUGAAUUUACCGCUCUUGAACUUAAAUCAAAUAUUCUUGGGAGCCUUAGCUGUCUUGCAAUCAGAAAGUGCAAAGAAACUUGCGGGUCAGAUAGAGAAUCGUUACAAUGAAUUAACUGCAAAGCUCGAGAAACUGAAAAACGCUGCAGUAGUUUCGAACAAACAAACGACAAACGUGUACGAUAAAGUUGUACAAGUUUUAAAAAAACUUCCACCGCGAGAAAAAGUUGAAAGAAUGGACAUGUAUACUAAUUACGAACAUAAAGUAGAAACAAUAAUUUUGAUUUUAAGUGUAAUUGAGUCCUUAGAUUCUUCCGCUACCUCUAAGGGAAAAAGCAAGACCAACACUAAGAACACAACCGGUAAAAGUAUAAUUUUACCAGGCGUAUCACAUGAUUUGUUUCGAGACAUUUUGCGAGACUGCAUGUCCCAGCUGAAAUUCAAGAAUGGAUACGUGUUACAAACACUGAAUAAUGAAUUCAUAAAAAAUGAAGCCAUUAUUUUGAACAUGUUACUGGAAGCAACCGGAAAAUCCAAAUUUUAUUUAUUCAUUACAUUUUAUAAUUCUUAUGAACUGUAUGAAAGACGAUAUGAAAAGCUACAUCAAACCAAUGUAGAGAGUAAUCAUGAAAUGAUUCAAACCUUGGGAAGUAGUAAUGAAAUAGUUGAUGUUAAGAGUGACCAAGAAAAACCUAAACUCUCUAAAAAAUCGAAAAAAAUUAGCAAAAGAUCCAGUUUUUUGGAGACUAGCGUGCCUGUUACGGACAUGAAUUUGGAAGAACCUGCUUUUGCGAAAGAAAUUCAAAGCACUACCAUCAGAAAGACGCGAUGUAUAAUACCGGAGUCUGACCAAAUUAUGAAAAAAAUGAAAGAUUAUCAUAACAACUUGAGUACACUUUUGGCAGUUAUAAAUGAAUGGGAAUCUGGAAUGUUAAAAGUAAAGGAUAAAAAUUUCAAAGAAACAACGCAAAUACGGAUAAAUGAUUCAUCUAGAGAUACCUUCUUUGUUUGGCACAUUCAUUCCGACGAUCCAUGGGAUAAGAAAAUAUACCAGGCAACUAAUUUACAAAUUAUCUCAAACUUUAAGGAUAUUGCACUAUACGCCUCUAGCACUGAUAAAUUAUCUGUACCAUUGUUACCAUCACGCACUUAUACCAUUCUGAAAGAAUAUGAUCAGGCACUCUCUAAGUCAUUAACCAACCAAAAUUUUAUUUUGCUGCCGCAAACUACGGAACCCGCUACAGAACUUUCAAAAAAAUCGUCCGAAACAUCCAUACUACAAUUACCUAAUACAGAAAUCCGACAGAAUCUUGAAGUACAAAUGAUUCUUCAGCCCCGUGAAUCACGCAAGUUUAAGCUGAAGUUCAGUCCGAUGGAAGUAGGGCAAUUCAAAGAAGAGUUUGUAUUAGGUUUGAUUGACAACGCAGAUACAAUUUUUAAAAUAAAAGUUGAGGGAAUAGCUGAUAUUCCAAAAUUAUACAUGACGCCAGAUUUUGUUUUUGACAAGGUAAAAAGCACAAAAGUAAAUGACCCAAAUGAACCGACGUAUUUUUUGGACACACGAAUUUGUGAUUUUGGAAAUAUAUUGAUUUCAAAUACAGUAAAAAGAAUACACAAGAAAGUAACAAAUAUAAGAUUAAAGAAUAUUUCAGCUGUUCCCGCUAUGGUCUCCUUAACUUUAGAGAAUGAAAACUUUGAAGACUUUGAUAUUCACCCCUGGGAAAUAACAAUUCAACCGAACAAAAUAGAGUCAUUUGAAGUAGCAGCUUAUGCAUCAAAGCUUGGAGUAAUUGAUGACAAUUUGAUUGUAUCUAUUGAAAACAGUGAAUACGAACAAAUUCGACUACAAAGCAACGGGGUCGAAUUGAAGGUGGAAGUUGAUCCAAGGCAAAUAAAUCUAGACAGAGUUCUACUAUACAGAACAGAAAAACGGAAUUUGACAAUACGAAAUGUAUCGGAAAUACCAAUCAACUGGCGUUUAUCUGCUGAACAUACUAAUUCGCGGAUUCGAUUGUCAUCAACAGCUGGUAAAAUCAAAACAAAAAGUAGUUGCGAAAUUGAAUUGCAGUACUACGCUGACAAAGUCAUACCAACGCAUACAAAGUUUAUCAUUUGCGAAAUAUUUCUCAAUGAGAAAGAUCAAGAUCCUAUAGAAACUUAUAAUAUAACAGUGACUGCACAAAAUUACGAAUUACUAUUUGAGAUCAUUGCUAAAAAUCCAAUUUAUUUUGACGCGAUUCCAGUGGGUUCUAUCAAUAAUGUAUCUUUUGCUAUCAAGAAUUUAGGCGCAUACGACAUAAGAUACGAAAUUCAAUUUCAAGAUAAAGAAAUAUUGAAAAAGUUAUGCGAUGCUAAGACGCUUGCGAUUCUCGAGCAAGAUUUUAAAAUUCAGCCUACUGCAGGACUUAUUCAAACUAAAAAGCAGACAACAAUAAAUAUAACUUAUGCUCCCACCAUUGAAACAACUUUAAAAUCUUUCCCACUUUUUGAGUGUGAAAUUAUUGAACCGUACAGAGAUGUUGGACUAGUUAAUAAAUGUAUUGUAAAUGUAUCUGCAACUUCUUACUACACUAGGUUUUUUAUUGAGCCGCAACCACAAUUAAACUUUGGAUCUCUGGCAUUAAAAAUGCAAAAAACAAUGCAGAUAAAAAUAGAGAACACUGGAAAGUUUCCUCUCAAAUUUUUAAUAGUUAAUCAAUCCACACUUCGUACACCUCAAACGAUUUCAGUUCAAAAACGUGACAGUAGACUUGUAAAAAAGGAUAAAAGAUCGCCAAAAAAAGAAAAGAUCAUAGCCAGACAAUCAACGAACAUUUCCAAUUAUGCAACAAAAUGGGGUCCAUUUACUUUGGAAAAAACUCAAGGAGACUUAAAACCAGGACAAUCUGAUAUAUUGACUGUUAACUGCUGGUCGGAUGCAAUAGGUUACUUUGAAGAAAAAGCGACUUUCUUAAUAGCAGAUAGCUCACCAUCAGAGGAGCACAAACGAGAGGUCUCCAUGGUUGUUGAUAUUUGCGUAGCUGAAAUUAUCUUCAAGGAUUACAAUGAGAUUUUUCCUGACAGCUAUGUCGUUGAAUCACUUGAAGACUCUGACUAUCCCAACAAAAUUGAUGCACAUACAAUUUUUGAAACUUUGAGCAAAUGCUUGCAUUUUUAUCGUGUGUGCAUUGGAAACAUCCACACUAUCUCAAUUACUCUGCGAAAUACUAAUGUCGUACCUGGAAAUGUUAUUAUAGAAACUACUUCAAAUUCAACGUUUAAAAAUAUGUUUAUGACCAAUACCAAUAAAUUGACUAUUCCACCGAUGAGUAAACAAAGCUUCGUGCUUUCUUUUACACCGACUGUUUUAGGGAACUUUUCAAGUUUGCUAACCAUGAAACUGGACUUACCAUCUGAUUUGGAACCACGAAUAUUUACGAUUAAUCUACAUGGAGAGAGCUACGUACCUCAAAUACGCUUAAUCGAUCCUGCUACUGAAAACAACGAUAUUUCAAUGCUUGAUUUUGGAUUGACGAUACUAUCUGAUGUACACGAAAAAGUUAUCAAGAUUAAAAAUGCUGGACAAAUAGCAGCUACGAUUACAGUUAAAAUUUUUGAUGACCUACACGCAGUUUAUGGCAUCGCUAUUGACCAAAAUAAGAAUAAAUGGCCAUGUGGUUGUUCUAACGACGAAAAUGGUUCACAAGAAGUUACCUUACAACUUUUUCCUGGAGAAGUAGCAAACAUAAGAAUUCGCUUUGUUCCCAUAGCCCCGAAAAAAUAUAAAAGUUGUUUAAAAAUUAUUAUUGAAAAUAAUCCUUACGAAAUCCUUGAAGUGAAUUUGAUGGGCGAAGGAUUGGACACAUCGAUUGUUUUAGAAAAUUUAGAAUUUAUAAACAGUGCCAUAUUGAAAAAUGUUACAAAGACUGAUUCUAGAGAAAGUUCGCAUAAGCUUCGAAAGAAAUCUUCAAAGCACAGCAUUUCUGUAUCCCGUUCCACCUCAAAAAUAUUGACCACACAACUUUUAAGUUACAAACUUGAUUACGGUACAUGUUUUUUGAAUCGCAUGAGCAAGAUAAACUUCAAAAUAAGAAAUAAAACCGAGGAUCGCUACUUUAAAUUCGAAUGGAGUUCACAUCAAAAUCUAGUGUGUCUACCUGCAGCUGGGCAUUUAGCACCUAACAGUUUCAAAGAGAUGACAGCCAUGUUUCUGGCAUGGGAACCUCUAUCGUUAUCUCAAGUGCUAUUAGAAUGCAUCGUAUGUGAAAUUGCUUUCAAUAACCCACCAGUCGAACCAUCUUGGGACUCUAGACAGACGAACGUAAAUUGGAUAGAAAAAAAUCCUUCAUUAGAGGAAUAUGUAACAUUCGAACAAGAGGAUAUUUUCGUAAGAAAAAUUGUAGCUCAAACGCUCGAACCUGAAUUUCAAGUUGUUCCAGAAACUACGCAGUCCAUACAACUAUUAGUCUCUGCAGUCGCCGACUAUUCAGAUUAUUUUUGUAAUGUUGAAAUUAUUAAUUUCGACGAUACACUUAUGCUACAGUCUAAAGAGUAUAAAUUUACGCUGAAAAAUAUAGGACUUGUUAAUUUGGAUUACUCAUGGGAAUUAACGAUGGAUGAACAUUAUCCGAUUAGAUUGGAUUCGGUUACUGUCGAUUCAACUUCAAGCAUUAAAUUAGGUUCAAACGAGAAAAGUGAUUCCGCUAAUGAGAUUCCAACAAUCAGCUACCGAGAAUCAAAACAAAGAUUACAAAUAAAAUCUAAAAAUUUUGAAGAAUCGUAUGAGCCGUCUGAUCUUUUCAGCAGUUCUGCUGGUUUGACAGAUCGCAGCACAGACAGUUGGAUAGAAGGUGAAAAUUGGCCUUUUGAAGUAACACCUAAAACUGGCAGUCUUAGGCCCAACGAAGUAGUGGAAUGCACUCUUAAAUUUUUACCUGUAGACGUUUUCGAAUACAAAGCUUAUCUUCGAUGCAAAAUAGAAAAUUUGAAUCCUAACAAAGCAGUUCCAAACAUUGUUAUUACAGCAAAAAGUUUGCUUCCCUAUUGUCACUUUGAAAUAGAAGAUAGUGAUUAUUUAACGAAAGAUAGAAGAGAUAUUACACUUCCAGGACCUCCUGGCUACAGUCUCGUUGAUCCUGAGACAAGAAAUAAUAUAAGAGUUGUAGAGUUUAAAAUGAUGGGCACUAGAAAAUGCCAUACAAGGAGCAUUUAUUUAAUUAACCCAACAUGUGAAGAUUAUUGUUACUGCUGGUCUAGCCUAUCAAACCAUAUGCAAAAUCAACCCAUAUUUCAGUGCUUGCCACAAACUGGUCUAGCCGAAAAAGGCAAACGAUGUAAAAUUUCAUUUUCUCAUAUUGCUGAAAAAAACGGACUAUUUGAAUCAUUUUGGCAGUUUGAGAUAAAGAAGUACAACCUAAAAACUCUUUUUCUUAUCGUGACAAAUGUUAUUGAGCCUUCCAUUGAGUGUCUGACUAAAAUAAUAAAAAUGGAACCUUCUGCAUUAGGUGAAAGCAAAAUUUCGACUUUUGAAAUAAUAAAUAAGGAAGACUGCCCAUUGCAUUUUGAUAUCCUCCCUGAUAGUCUAUAUUCAGAAAAUGGAAGGCUUCAGACAGUUAGUGUGUGCCCUAUGUCUGGUAUUUUACAACCUCAUUCAGCACAAACAUUCAACGUCGAAUACAAAUCAUCUUUGAUCGGAGAACAUAGUUUCGAUUUACAAUGCAAAAUCGAAAAUCUGAGUAAACUUCUAAAGAUUUUUAUCAACGUUCAGGUAGUAAAACUAUCAUCCAAAUUAAUAUAUAUCGAUGACGAUGAUAAAGAAAUCGAAAUGAUUGAAAGUUGCGAUAAUUUCAUCAAUAUUGGACAGUUAUUCUUGCGCGAACCGAACAAAAUUAAGUUUAAAAUAAUCAACAAUGGACAACUAGAUUUUGAUUACUCGUGGACGUUAAAAAAUCCCUAUUAUGACAAAUGUAAAAUUGCUUUCUCUGAAGACAACGGAACAGUUGAACAUAAUUCGAUUAAUACUUGUUAUAUCGAAAUGAUUUUUUUGGAGAAAACGAAUACCUGCAAUUAUUCUACUAUAUUGAAUAUCAAAUACGGUCUAACAUAUCGUUUGAAGCUAAAUAUAUCGAGCAAAAAGCUUCCGAUGGAAUUCAGUUUUUCUCGCUAUGAUUUUGGACCUUGUUACAUUCAAACACAAAGGGGAUAUUAUUAUACAACAGAACUUAACAUUAAAAAUAAUCAAAAACUCCCAUGCAGUAUCAAGUGUAAUUUCGAAGAUAAACCUCACUUGAAACUAGAUUUGAGUCAAUUGCCAUAUACGAUACCAGCUAAUGAUUCUUGUAAAAUUAUUAUUAAUUUCCAACCUAUGGAAGAAACAGUUUACAAAGACAAAAUACCAUUAUUGAUAAAAGAAAUUACACAAAAGGAAAUACUUAUCCAGGGGGAAGGUGUACCAUACAAGAUUCGUCUGAAGGAUCCACGUGAGGCCUUGAUAGAUUUUGGUACAAUCACAGUUGGCAAAUCUUCAAGUCGUAAAAUUCAUUUACUAAACGAGGGCCGCUUACCGGCCAAAGUGAAAGUAAUUUUGAAAAAAUAUUCCCUAGAAAAUACACGUGAAAUAGAAGAACAGUUCAAAAAGGAUAUAGAGACAAACUACUUACAACCACAUAAUUCAUUUUCUACUCAUCUUUCGUCCGAUUAUCAAACAGUUUCUAAUACGAUGAAAAGCUCGGAAAUUGCAGAGUUCAUCGAAAUUUUGCCAGCAACACUACGGGAUUUAAAACCUAAUAAAGAAAUGGAAGUCACAAUUAAAUGCAGAGCUAUAAAAAGAAUCCAAUCUCUAGCAGCUAGUUUAGGCUUAGUAGUCGACAAUUUUAGUUUCCACUUGGCACUGGUAAAAGCUAAUUGUGUCAAGGCUAAUUUAUAUUUAAGUAGAACGUACAUAUCUUUUGGUACAAUUUUCGAGGGCUGUACCACACAAGAAAAGCUGGUUCUAAUCAAUGACGGUGACAUAAGCAUGGGAUUUAUCUGGGAAACAGAAAAAAUAAAGCCUCACUUUGAAAUCACACCAGUUAGUGGUUAUUGUUCCGCAGGUAGUGAAAUAACUUUUACUUGUACUUUUAAACCAAGUUACCCGACAAGUUGUAUCAAAUCGGAGGCUACGUUAGAAAUUCAGAAACAUAAAAAUGUAACACUGACCAUCACUGGAGAUUGUCGCCGAAUACCAGAAUCGACGAACAUUAUUGCUUUUACUGCAGAGAUCGGCCAAUCGAAAGUAAAACAAAUAGAAAUUCAGAAUGAUUCUGAUCGACCCUGGACCUUAACACCACUACUUUUAGGAGAACAUUUUACAACGGAUAGGAAUUUGUUUAUAGAUUCAAAAACCAAUAGUUUAUUUAGUAUUACAUAUAAACCUCUACAAAAAUCAGUGCGGAAACAUAUUGAUAAGGGAAAGUUAAUUAUUGUAUUACCGGAUGGAAGACAACCAAUAGUUUACGAUUUAAGUGGUAUCCCUUCUGCAGCGGCCGAAGCAUCAGAGAAGCGUACUAGAAAAAUACCAGCUAAAAGAAAAUUUGUUGAAACCUUUGUUGUCUACAACAAUAGCAAUAAACAACAAACUUUCAACUGCAGAGUCGAAGAAUUAUUAUAUGAUAAAAGCAUUAUUACACAUAAGCUUGAUCAAAUAGAUGUAAAUUCUAACAGCCGAUCUAGCUACGAGUAUUCAUUUUUAUUUGAUAGUGAAGGACGCUACAUUUAUAAGGUAACAAUGGACGAUAGCAAUGGAAAUAUUCGAUUCUACGACUUAGAAUUCACAGUAACGAUACCUGAAAUAGCAAAGAUCAUAAAACUUACAACUUACGUACGCUGUCCAGUGCUCUACAAUUUAAAAAUAGAAAAUCCGUCAAAAUUAAAAGAAGCGAAAUACGACAUAAACAAUAAUAACGAGGAUAUCAUAGUUCAUGGACUACCGACAACUCUAGCACCUUCCACUUUUGUAAACGUACAAAUAGAGUACCUACCACUAAUCGCAUGCGAAACAAAUACGAUACUCGAAAUCACGACAGAAGUUUUUGGAAGUACAUUUUAUGAACUUCAUUUAACCGCAAAGGCAAUGCCCCCAGAAAAAACAACUCACGUUAAAUCGGUUCUGGGAAGUUCUGUCAACUUUGGACUCCGAUUGAAGAACUAUAGCAGAAGACCCUGUCAAUUUGAUAUCUCGGUUGACAAAACUGCGUUAAGCUGUUCAAAGUCCAUAUCAAUUCCACCAAAUCAAACAUACGCGAUAGAAGCGCGAUUUGAGCCAGACUGCCUCGAGACCAUUAACGCAACCAUCGUAGCAACUUCGCUUACAGCUGGUGAAUUCGUUUUUCCCAUUGUGGGCCUAUGCACCCCUCCUCAACCUCGGGGUCCAUUCGAAAUCACUACGAAAAGUCCGACUAUUUUGAGCUUUAAGAAUGUUUUUAACGAGAAGAAAGCUUUUGAAUUCACCGUGGAUAAUCCGAAUUUCGCGAUCAACAGUUCUGCUGCAACGAUCGAAUCGAAAGAGGAAGAAAAUAUCCUCGUGUCACUGCAAGACACUCCGAGAAGCAGAAACAGCGUGAUUGCCGGAAAAUUGACAAUCACGAGUACAGACGAAUCUUUAUCCGGUGUCAAAUGGAUUUAUUAUUUAAAAGGGGUUAUAGCUAACGAAUAAAAAAAUCUAAUCUUA